CGCGCGGGCGGGGGAGCCGGGGACCACCGCUCCAGCCCGCUGGCCUUCGAAAGAUCCUCCUGGGCCAAUGGCAGGCGGGGCGACGCGCCCGGAUUGGUGCAGGCGCUCUGCUGAUCACUGUGGAAACCAGGGCGGCGGGGAACGCGGGAGGAUGCGGAGCCGCGGGCGGGGGGAGCCGGAGGGGCGGGCGCAAGAGGCGUCCGGGUCCUGAACGACCCCGGAGUUUCUCCUGGAGGCAGAAGUCCACUGCGGGCUGGCGGGCGGAGGGCGGGGCGGAGCAAAGACACCGCUUGGGGGCACUGGGUAGCCGGGGAUAGUCAGAGGGAAGGCAGGGGUGACUCCCGAGCGCGGGCAAGGAGGCUGGGGGAAGGGCGCGGCGGGAGGAGGAGUAGGAGAAGACAAAAGCCGAAAGGGAGGAGGGCCCGGGCCGCACACUCGAGCUGCGGGCGUGGAGGCCACAGUGCACGGGGCAUCCCGGUCAGCAGGCAGCAUGGGGAAAGGGGGGAACCAGGGCGAGGAGGCCACCGAGCGCGAGGCGCCCAUGGCCACCUUCAGCUGGGAGGAGAUUCAGAAGCACAACCUGCUCACGGACAAGUGGCUCGUCGUCGACCGCAAGGUCUACAACAUCACCAAAUGGUCCAGCCGGCACCCAGGGGGCCAGCGGGUCAUCGGGCACUACGCGGGGGAGGAUGCUACGGAUGCCUUCCUCGCCUUCCACCGUGACCUUGAUUUCGUGCGCAAGUUCAUGAAGCCUCUGCUGAUUGGAGAGCUGGCUCCAGAGGAGCCCAGCCAGGACCGUGGCAAGAACCCCCAGAUCACCGAGGACUUCCGGGCCCUGAGGAAGGCCGCCGAGGACAUGAACCUGUUCAAGAGUAACCACCUGUUCUUCCUCCUUCUCCUGGCCCACAUCAUCGUCAUGGAGAGCAUUGCUUGGUUCAUCAUCUUUUACUUUGGCAAUGGCUGGAUUCCAACCAUCAUCACGGCCUUUGUCCUUGCUACCUCUCAGGCCCAAGCUGGAUGGCUGCAACACGAUUAUGGCCACCUGUCUGUCUUCAAGAAGUCCGCGUGGAACCACGUUGUCCACAAGUUCAUCAUUGGCCAUUUAAAGGGUGCCUCCGCCAACUGGUGGAACCAUCGCCACUUCCAACAUCACGCCAAGCCCAACAUCUUCGGCAAGGAUCCCGAUGUGAACAUGCUGCACGUGCUCGUCCUGGGCGAAUCGCAGCCCGUUGAGUACGGCAAGAAGAAGCUCAAAUACCUGCCUUACAACUACCAGCACAAGUACUUCCUCCUGAUCGGGCCGCCAAUGCUCAUCCCCAUGUACUUCCAGUACCAGAUCAUCACGACCAUGAUCUCACGCCGAGACUGGGUGGACUUGGCCUGGGCUAUGAGCUACUAUGCCCGGUUCUUCAUCACCUACGUCCCUUUCUAUGGCAUUCUGGGAGCCGUCCUUUUCCUCAACUUCAUCAGGUUCCUGGAAAGCCACUGGUUUGUGUGGGUCACACAGAUGAACCACCUCGUCAUGGAGAUUGACCAUGAGCCCUACCGCGACUGGUUCAGCAGCCAGCUGGUAGCCACCUGCAACGUGGAGCAGUCCUUUUUCAACGACUGGUUCAGCGGGCACCUCAACUUCCAGAUCGAGCACCACCUCUUCCCCACCAUGCCUCGGCACAACCUCCACAAGGUCGCACCGCUGGUGAAGUCUCUGUGCGCCAAGCACGGCGUCAAGUACCAGGAGAAGCCGCUGCUGAGGGCCAUGCUGGACAUCAUCAGGUGUCUGAAGAAGUCCGGGGAGCUGUGGCUGGACGCCUACCUCCACAAAUGAAGCAACAGCCCUGGGGGCACCCACGGGGAAGGGGGAGCAGGUGGGAGUGCUGGCCACAGGGAGGGGUGGGCUUUUGUUCUGAGGGGUGUCCACGAGGUUGGGGUACAUGCUGGCUUGGGGAUCCCAUUUUUGGUCUUUCUGCUGUUUUUCUCUCUGCUUUCGCUUCGCUUCUCUCUCUGACACCCUCCCUCAUGGGGCCGCCCUCUAUCAGGUGGCCCCUCACCUUCUCCCAGCUCCCACCCCCAGGAGCAGAGAGAGGUGCUCUGUCCCAGCCCCCAGCUUCUGCCAGACCAGAGGUCCACAGAUACCGCCCCAUCUUGCUGCCUGGCCUCUAGGCCUCACACUACCUUGUCUUCCUCCGAUAGUCCUGGGGUCCUAGCUGGGCACCACGGCUCCCUGGUCUGCAGGCCCGGCCCCCCCCCGACAUGGCCCCACUGGACCGGGGCUCGGGGCCUCCCUGCUGGCACCCCUUCUCUUCAGAUGUCCAGGGUCCUGGCCCUGACCCUGGCUCCCUUUGCCUGCAGUGCAGCCAGCUCAGACCUCGGGGCCCAGGCAAGUGUCCUCGCCCCGUGGGAGCCCCCUGACCCGAGGCUUGUGCUGUUCCAUCCCACCAUCUGCCAUGUCUCCCCAGCUCCACAGCCUGGGACCUGGGGGCCAAGGCGGCCAUCCUGAAGGUGGGCUUGGCCAAGGCCAUGGCCCGGUCAGAGGAUCAGCCGGCCUGUUGGCUCAGCCCUGCCCCACCCCCCACACCCCCUUCAGAUGUUUGACGGGGCUGGGAGACCUAAGAUUCUGGAGCGAUCGGACCCUUAUCCGAAGCGCUCCGUUACCUGCCAGGCAGUGCUAGUCAGUCUCUAGCUGCUUGGCCGAGUGGCCUUGAGCCCUUCAAGCUGCAGGAGGGCGCCUCACACAGCCCCUCCCCAUGCGGGACUGCUCUCUCCUGUCCUGUUUUUUUUAACCUUUUGUUAUAGAUACAUUCUGACAGGGGGAGUGACAACAGGGCUGGGCCUUGUCAGAACCUUUUCCCACCUGCCUCUCCGGGCCCCGCCGUGGGCUGAGCCCGCCCGGCUCACUCACGGAGGCCACAGGGACCCCAACUGUGGGGGCUGCAGGAGCCGCUGCUGUCGAGAGGGCAGCAGGGGCCCAGGGGGAGGCAGUGCCAGAGAAGAUGACCCUGAGGAUCUGGGGGUUUGGGAGGGAGAUAUGAUGAGGGCCCAGUGAAAACUGCAACAAGAAGUUUGAGGGCUGGAGGCCAGGCGGCGGAGGGGUUGGGGAGUGAGCGGGAGGGAGGGACCCGGGGCUGCUAGAUUCGGAAAUCUAACCCACUAACCAAUAUUUAGCUUCGGGGGAGGGGAGCUCAAAGUGGGGGCCUGUGGGGGAGGGCUGUCGUCCCCCAGCUCUGGCCAGCCACGGGGGACGCAUCCUGUGUGACAGACCUGUGGGUUGCCAUGGCAACGUGGGCCCCCCGAAGCCCUCCCGCCAAGAACACAGGCCCUAAGAGCUGUCCUUCCCCAGAGACAGAAUGGAUCCAUAGGGAACUGAUGUUAAUUUUUACCAUGUCACUUCCCCACCCCUACAUUUUUUGGAAAUAAAAGUAAUUUUAUUCUCA